AUGUCUAUUCAACUCUCCGACCUCGUCCUCUCAACCUUCUCCAAGGGUCUCAACGCCCUCGCUCACAUCCUCGAUGUCGCCGAGCAAUAUGCCUCUUCCCAAAGCCUCUCCGCAGACGCCGAGUAUCCCAACGCCCGCCUCAUUGAUGACAUGAAGCCGUUCACCUUCCAGAUCCAGAACGCCACCACAAACAUCAAGCGCACGCUUGCCCGUCUCCAGGGACAGGAGUUCCAGCCGUGGGAGGACAAGGAGACCACCAUCGCGGAUUUGAGGGAGAGGAUUGCCAGGGCGCAGAAGCUCGUGGAGGAGGCGGACGCCAAGGUUCUUGAUAGUGUUGCUGAGAAGCCCAUCGAUUUGCUCAUCGGUCCUACGACCCUCAAGAGCACCGGCAAGGGAUCUGUCCUCGGACACAGCAUCCCCAACUUCUUCUUCCAUGUGCAGACUGCGUAUGCGAUUCUCAGGAGCAAGGGCGUGCCCAUUGGAAAGAAGGAUUACAUCCAGAGCUUCCUGGCUGGCAACAUCGUUGCCUGA